AUGCAUCUGAUAUCCUUUCCUCUAGACGAACAGAAGUGCAACUUUUCAAUUCAGAGCUGUAAGUAUAGAAUUGAAUUAUUGUCGAAAAAACGCAACGAUUAAUGUCAGCUUUUUAAAUUACCACAACAGCCUGUUUCAUUCCAGAGGAAUCAUCAGGUGGCUGAUUCCUGCACCUGACCAUGAUUCAUCUCGGAUGAAACAGGCUGUUGUGACAACCUUUUGGGGUAACAAAAACUACAUAUCUGCUUUAUCUAUAUGAUAUCGAGCACACUUUAGGAUUUCGUGAACCAAAACACACUCAUUGCAAUCUUCAUACAGUUAUAUCAAAGUAAUCAGUGCAAAACACGCGAAUGAGAAAACGUCGAGUAAUAUAUGGGUUGAUUCUUUGGCAUGCUGUUAUUGGUACCCUCAAACUUUCACAAAUGCAUCGUAACGAACACUUAAAUUAUUAGAAAGACCUUUCGUAAAAUUGUUUUCCCGUUCUCUUCCUGUGGUAUUUAUCUUCAACUUUGAACUGUGGCAUCAUAUAAUUAUGCUCCCUCGUUCACAUGACUCCACAUUUUGACACUCUCAACAUUGCUUGCAUGCAAUUGUUUUAUAUUUGAGGAGACAUGAUACUACUGUUCAAGAAAAAAUGAGUAGGAAUGAAUUGUGUGCUCUUGCACGUGUCGUAUGUUUUCUUUGACACACACGAUCUGGCAACAUGGCAACACAAUCACUGAAAUGUUUGAAAUCGUUCGCGGAGAUGUGGGAGUGCAUACCCUACCUAACAUCAUGUCAUUUCUUGCAUAUCAGGGCAUUUCUAAGAAUUUUUCAGUGGAAGGGGCAUGGAGGAAAACUAAAAAUGGACCUGUUCACCUGCAGUAUACUACACAGGGACCAUGAAGCAAUUGUACAGUAUAUGAAGUAAAUUUGCGGAAAGCUGGUAAUCCUCCUAGGCGGUUGGGGGGAGUAUGGCGGCUAGUUCGUUAUGAAAGCAUUCCCCUAUUCCAUUCAAUGCGAGUAGAAACCUGUUGAUAAAGUACUAUUAAUAAUGCAUUACUCAUGUAAUUAACCUUUAUAUCAUUUUAACUAGAUGGAUUUUCGACGAGGGAUGUUGUGUACAGAUGGAGUUCAAAUGAGACAGAAAAAUCAGUGAGAUUUCCUGAUGGUUUCUCAAUGUCUCAGUUUACAAUGGAAGGUUAUCGAAUAUUUGAAAAGAAUAGUUCCUACGAAACAGGUUUGUAUGCUGUAAAUUAAAAGAAAUAAUUGUGUACCCGCCAAUUAAACGACAUCCGGUUCAAUAGGUAGUUCGACCAUGUCGCCUUGUUGGAUGAAUUUUUAAAAGGUCUUUCCUGACAUUAUAAUUGCAUCCAAAAUAGGCGAAAAUAGUGACAAGUUUAUGAGAGACUACUGCUCAUGCAAUCAGGUGAAAAGCUUCACUUUCACCUUAAGAUUUUCCAACCUUGUGGCUAAGAUUAAUAAUUAACUUAGUUAGUUAAAUAUUUGAUAAGUUCAUUUUUAAUUAAUUUCAGGUGAUUAUUCCGGAGUUAUCAUUGAACUCCAUUUGAAACGACGAUUUCUUUAUUACAUCAUUCAGAUGUAUCUGCCUGCUGUGAUGGUAGUCAUGCUUUCGUGGGUGAGUUGAAGUCUAUCCUUCUCGUAAUCAGUAUAUUCUUGGUUUUCACUAUUGCAUUAUGCAGUGAGUUGUCUCGUAAUCAGUAUAUUCUUGGGUUUCACUAAUACAUAAAACGAAUAAUCGAUUCACUCUGAUAACUAUGUUUUGUUUUAGAGUUGCCCCCCCCCCCCUGUCACUUCUGUGACGUCAUAUGAAACCCAAAAAUUGCAGAUUUGCAUGACGUGUUAGCACACCAAAAGAUUUUCAAUCAUUUGGUUUUCUCCCUACCCAGCCCAUCUUCUGUUUAAUACUAAAGGUCACCAAGCAUGUUGGUGGGUACAGUAGAUUUGUUAGUAAGUUGACAAGGUUAUCGAAAAGCAUGAAAAAUAUGAAAUAGCUACAUGGGCGAAAAUACAAAAAAAAUGACGACCACCCAUUUAACUUGGACUAUCUGCACACGGUAACGUUUUCGAGCGUUUUCAUUUGUGUUUUCACGCCAUUUACGACAGAAGCUGUGGUUUAUUUAAUAUAUUGGAGAUAUUUUCUUUUGGACCGUGAGAACAGGGCGUAUCAAAACGAUUAAAGGGACAAAAAGUUUUUGAAAACGCUGGGAAACGACGCCCGUGUGCACAUAGCCUUAGAACCUUGUCCAGCUGAACGUUCGGGCAAUUUGGCAAUUUAAUAACAUUUAUAUUUCGUAUUUCAGGUUUCCUUCUGGGUAGAUAGUGAUUCAGUACCAGCUCGUGUUGCGCUGGGCAUUACAACUGUCUUAGCCAUGACAACACUCAUGUUUGGAGUACAAUCUGCCCUACCAAAGGUUCCUUACAUGAAAGCUGUUGAUUUGUUCCUGGCGUUCUCUUUUGUUUGUGUAUUUGCAGCUCUCGUUGAGUUUGCUGCUGUUAAUUACUACGUUACAAACGCGCAAAAGAUUAUCUUACAAAAGAAGAGAGAAAGGAGAAAAGUGCUUAGAGAAAAGUGCAAAAGGGUGAGCGUUAUCCAUUUUAUUCAUUUUAGAUUUAUUUUAUUUCACAAGAUUUUUCUUGCAGUUUAUUACCAAAACAAGUGCAUAAAUUGCGUUUGUCUGCUUUAGAACCCUAAAUUUCAAACUAUUGGUCAACUGGUAUUGGGAAUGCAUACUGACGAAGAGGACAUGGCGGCCCUGGGAAUGAGUCCAGGAGAUUUAGGAGGUAGUGCGCCUGCGAGUACGUACAGCGGUUCACCAGAUACCAGUCCACACAAUGAAGAUCAAACAGCUGAACAACUUCUUCAAGAAGACGCAGGUCCUGCCAAUUAUGAAAAGGAAAUCAAGUUACUGAUGAAGAAAGUUUCUGCCAAUGCCAUCGACUAUCAUUCACGCACUGUAUUUCCUGUCUGCUUUGCAGUGUUCAAUAUCGUCUACUGGUUUUACUAUUUAUACUUGGAUAAACAUUGA